AUACAGCAGCGCGGACCUGAGAGCAGGCAGGCAGUGGGCGGUACCUUCGGGACAACCAGCCAAUCAGCGCCCGGUCCGAUAGUCGCCCAACUGACAGGAGACCGUAAAGUGCCCUGAAUAAGACUGAAUGAGACUCCCGGGAAGCUGUUUCCUUUUUCCCCGGUAAGAGUCCUUCCUUCUGAUACAACUCCUCAGUGCAGACACGAGCGGCUUGCAGCUGCUUCGGGAGGCCGACGUCCUCUGAAAAAGGGGCCGACGUGAUGCUGCUGGACGAGCGGAUCUGGUCGCUGUUCAAACGCCACUGGCGAGUAACGCUCACCUACUGGAGCGCGUUGUUCAGCUUCGGCCUGUGCAUCGCCUUCCUGGGACCAACCGUCCUGGACCUGAGGUGUCAGACGCAGUCCACGCUGCAGCAGAUCACCUGGGUCUUCUUCUCGCAACAGUUCUUCCUGCUGGUGGGCAGCAGCCUGGGAGGACUCUUCAAGAAGACACUCCCCCGCUCGCUGUUAGCCCUCUUCUGCUGCACUCUCAUCAUCUCGUUGGUGUUCGCCGUCAUACCUCUGUGUAACCAUGUGUUACUGCUGUCUGUCGCCAUGGCGAUUGCUGGCUUAGCCAUGGGCGUGAUUGACACGCUUUCCUGCCUCCAGCUGGUGAGGCUGUACCAGAAGGACUCUGCCAUGUUCCUCCAGGCCCUGCAAUUCUUCAGCGGCCUGGGAGCUCUGGUCAGCCCCCUGGUGGCCGAUCCUUUUCUGGCAGAGGACAGCUGUGUCCUUAGUGCCAACUGGACCGUCAACUCAUCCUCUCCCUCAGAUCUACAGCACCUCCGCAGCAGCAUGGCCGGGCAGGGAGCGACGAUAGGCAACAUCUCCCAGUAUCCUCUGCACACCGAAGGCGUAGUUGUCACCCGGGUGUCAUACGCUUUUUGGAUCAUGGCUCUUAUCAAUCUCCCAGUACCAGCAGCAGUGCUCGCUUUGAUGUACCACGAGAGACUGCUGCCUUUCUCCGACAACAGUCCACGUCUUAUCGUCAGAGACUCUCUGUCCAGCACAAGCCCCCACGAAGACAAUAGUAAUGUUCAUGGGAGUUCGUUUGCUUGCUGUAACCUUGCCAAACUGCGGGACCGUCCUGCUUCUUUCUUCAUUCUCCACGCACUGGGGGGGGGCAUCCUCUUCAUCACUGAUGGGAUAAUAGGCUCCUAUGCUGGAUUUGUCUACACCUACGCAGUGUCCCCUCCUUUGCUGAUGGGUCAUAAGACUGCUGGCUGUUUGGACAGUACAUUCUGGGCCUCCAUCACAAUAGGAAGACUGGCUUUCAUCUACUUGUCCUACAGAUACACAGCACCAAGGCUGCUCACCUUCAGUCUGGUGGGAGUCAUAUUAGUGCAGUGCCUGUUGCUGAUCUUCUACACCAGCCAUGUGUUUCUCUUUAUCGGUACCUGCGCUUUGGGACUGUGCAUUAGUAGUGUGUUCCCAUCUCUGCUGGCCUUUACAGAGGACAUGCUAGACUACAAAGGUUGUGCCACAACUGUCCUGGUGACCAGUGCCAGCACAGGAGAGAUGGUGAUGCAGCUGCUUGUUGGAUCGGUGAUCCACAGUCAGGGCAGUUACACUUUCCUGUUGUGUUGUACAAUAUCAUCAUUCAUUGCCUUUAGCCUGUUCCUGCUGCUCCUCCUUGUACAGCGGGUCCACAAAAACUGCAUCACAGAUUCGCCUCAAAGCACGGACAUGAAGGAGAAACCUCAGACGGGGGGUUCCUGAUGCAAGAGAUUCCCCCGAGAGACAGAGGGGCGCGUCCAGAGGAGAAGAAUGGCCGAGCGGCUCUGCUGUGGACGACGGAGAGGGAGCCAAGGAACAGGAGCAUCACCCGCUCAUUUCUUCACCUAAAAAAAAAGCCACACUCGAGCCCGACGAUCAACGAGCAGCUCGCUGGAUGGGCCAGUUCUCCACAAAGCCCUUGAUCCCCCAACACCACUUUUUUUUUUUUUUUUCACCAAUUUUUAAACUUAAUCAUUUUGGCAACGUGAUUUAAUAAUGCACAUGUCAUUAUUUGGCGAGGUUGAAUUACGAAUGCUGGAAGUCUGUCCUAUGAUUAGUCUAUGAUGAAAUACUGACAUACUGACACUACGACCCUUAAGGACAAGUCAAAUCACGCCUUUAACUCGAUCAAUCUUUCAAUCUAGCUUCAAAAUGUUCGAGUCCUUUUCUCGUGCUCGCCCUGUGGAGCAAAUAAAUGCUACUUUCUUGCCUUACUGAACACAGAAAGAAAUUGCACCCAAGUGAGUAUUGUUGCUAAUCUUUGACAUACUCCAGAUUAUGCAAAGAAGUAUAUGGUAUACAGAAAACAAUCAUGUUUGUGUUGAUAUUUGUAUGACAAUAAACAAGUCAAUGUAAAUAAAUUGUAAUCUGAAGGCUUGGCAUCAAGACAAUCCAUUAUUUAGUAGUGAUGAUCAGGAUUGAUGCUGAUUAA